GUAGGUUCCGUCUGAUAGAUGAAGACAGAGACGUUAGGGACCCCAUCCAGUAUUUCUCCUCGGUGGAGGAAGUGGCCGGAAUGUUCCCUGACCGCGUCUUCGCCAUGGAAACUAUCAGCUUCACUGUCAAGGUUCUGUCAGGGGAGUUCAGUGAGGACAGUGAGUCGUACAGUGUGGUGCUGCAGCCUGGUGAUGAGCUGUCACUCACGGGAAAGGCAGAGUUUCUCACAGCCACGCCCACCACGGAGAAGACUGGACUGAGCGCGCUCCUGAGACGCCUGGGGAAGACCCCCCGCAGUAAAACUCCAUGUCUGGUGUGUAUGAACCAUCGGACCAAUCAGAGCAUCUCUCUGCCCUUUGCCUGCCGAGGACGGUUCUGCACGCGCUCCCCUCUGGAGCAGGGCAUGCUGGGAGCUGACCACACGGUGCGCAGCAUCAUCGAAAGGGUCCGACUUCCUGUUAAUGUUACCGUGCCGACCAGACCACCACGGAACCCCUACGACCGCCACGUGGUGAGAGAGGGGCAUCGCUACAAGCUGUUGAACAUUGUCAGUAAGACAGUGGUGUUGUGUCUCGUCCUACGGCCAAUACAACUGGUUCCCUCCCACUUCCUGUUGCUACGCUGCAUGCCGCGCUUCUCUGUGGCUACGCCCUCUGCAACUACAGACAGCCUGUUGCUACGGCAACAUGCCAGCUUCGACCCUGAUGGGUACAGCCGAGCCGUCCGUGAGACGCGUCCAGAACUCAGCGAGGAGAGAGUGUGUGUGAGCGAGGACGGUGUGUGUGUGAGCCCGCGGAGGGGAGGUGUGUGUGUGUCAGCGCAGGACUCUCAGCUGCUGUCCGUGUGUGUGUUCGCUGGGGGCGGAGUUACAGACAACGUCAGCCAAUCGCAACGCUGCAGAGACUCUCUAGGGGAGGGGACAGAGUACAUCUCUCCCAAUUGGACAGAGGCUGAGCUGCAGACCAGUGAAGAGAUCCCCUACGAGGAACUGUGGACCAAUCAGACUGCAGAGGGCCUGGGGAAGGCAGAGCCAAACCGCAUCUCCGUCCAUUCCUCUUCCUCUUUGGAUGGAUUGCUGGGGACUGCCCGCCUCGCCAUGGUGACAAGAGUAUCAACCCCGCCCCCUGUACCUCCAAAAUCAGAUGCAGUGAGAGAAGAGUGCAGGUUCCUGAUCGCUCCUCCAGUUCCUCCUCGAUGCUGUAAAGGAGACUCCUCCCCUUCCUGUCCAAGCCCCACCCCCAGUCCACCGGUCCCGCCCCGCUUCCCUCAGACACAUCUCUCCUAUUACUCUUCUGGACCACCCAACAGUUGUUCUGUCUCUCCUCCAGACUCGUCUAUCUACUGUUAUCCAUGUUCCUGGACUGACUCCUCCCACAUCAGCCCUGAGCCAAUCCCUGCUCUCCCUGCUGACAGCUUGGCCAAUCCCCAGCCAGCGCAGGCCACCUGGGUGGAGCCGUGGAGCUAUAAUUCCUCCUCCUUCUCCCGGCUGAGGCUUCCGCCCCCUCAGAGUCGAUUCGCUCCCUUCGGAGCACUUAACCCCUUUAACCGCCCUAGUCCCUCCCCCUGCCCUUCCCCAGAGCCUAUACCAGUCAAUCAGACAGCAGAGCUCUCCAGAGGCGCCGAGGGAGGUGGGACAUGCGAGGGGUCGACUCCGCCUAGUGACCCUGCCUGGCGCCCGCCCACUGACCUGUCUGCCCUCUCAUUGGAGGAGGUGUCUGCCAGUCUGAGGUUCAUUGGCCUAUCAGAGGCAGCGGUGGGCGUGUUCCAGAGAGAGCGCGUUGACGGUAGCCUCCUGGUUCAGCUCGACGAGGAGACCCUGUCACAUGACUUCCAUCUCAGCCGAUUGCACGUCACCAAGAUCACACAGUUCAUACAGGGCUGGAGGCCCAAGAUUUAACACCUAUUGUGACACUGUCACAAGGUGUUUAUCACAACAUUGGAGGCUGCUGAUUGGAGGACGGCUCAUAAAAAUGGCUGGAAUGGAAACCAUGUGUUUGAUGUACUUGAUAGCAUUCCACUCCAGCCUUUACCACGAGCCCAUCCUCCCCGAUUACGGUGCCACCAACCUCCUGUGCGAUCUACGUAAAGGACGAAUGCAAGGUUUGCUAUUUUAAUGAAGUACUGUAAAGCCGCUCGAGGCGAAGGCUGCCCCUAACUGAAACUCUACAGAUAAACACUACAGAUAAAAACUACAGAUAAGGAAAUUGUCAGAUCAAUAAAUAGUUUCUCACUAUUCCAUCUGUGUUGGAUUGUCUUUCGACUCCACCAGGCGGCCUUGUCGUCUACUCCACCAGGCGGCCUUGUCGUCUACUCCACCAGGCGGCCUUGUCGUCUACUCCACCAGGCGGCCUUGUCGUUUACUCCACCAGGCGGCCUUGUCGUUUACUCCACCAGGCGGCCUUGUCGUCUACUCCACCAGGCGGCCUUGUCGUCUACUCCACCAGGCGGCCUUGUCGUCUACUCCACCAGGCGGCCUUGUCGUCUACUCCACCAGGCGGCCUUGUCGUCUACUCCACCAGGCUGCCUUGUCGUCUACUCCACCAGGCGGCCUUGUCGUCUACUCCACCAGGCGGCCUUGCCGUCUACUCCACCAGGCGGCCUUGUCGUCUACUCCACCAGGCGGCCUUGCCGUCUACUCCACCAGGCGGCCUUGUCGUCUACUCCACCAGGCGGCCUUGUCGUCUACUCCACCAGGCGGCCUUGUCGUCUACUCCACCAGGCGGCCUUGUCGUCUACUCCACCAGGCGGCCUUGUCGUCUACUCCACCAGGCGGCCUUGUCGUCUACUCCACCAGGCGGCCUUGCCUUCAUUUUUCAGCGGACCAGGAGUGCCAACUUAGCCCAGAUGAGAACUGUCCCCUGUUUGCAAAAGUAGCACACCCAUGAACACACCCUGUACUUCCUCAGUGGGCAGCUUCCUCAGUGGGCAGCUUCCUCAGUGGGCAGCUUCCUCAGUGGGCAGCUUCCUCAGUGGGCAGCUUCCUCAGUGGGCAGCUUCCUCAGUGAGCAGCUUCCUCAGUGGGCAGCUUCCUCAGUGGGCAGCUUCCUCAGUGGGCAGCCUGUGACAUGACUUCAACUUUAGGACGUUAACAAGGCGACACUCCAUCUUAACUCCUCCUCCACAUUCACUUGAUUGGUUGCACAGUACAGAAGAGAACCCCCCCCCCGACAGUAAAAUGUUUUUCUCUUCAGGACCAGAAAGAAGGAAACACCGCUUAGGUAUUUAUUUUCCUCCUGCAACGUUAGGUUAGCCAUCCUACAUGUCCCUUCUUAUUGGUUGAAUCAGAUGCUGUGUACCUUCCGAUUGGAUGAACCAGAAGGUGUGCCUUCGCUAUUCUUCUUGGGGCGGCAGAGUAGCCUAGUGGUUAGAGCAUUAACUGCCCCUGAACAGGCAGUUAACCCACUGUUCCUAGGCCGUCAUUGAAAAUAAGAAUUUGUUCUUAACUGACUUGCCUAGUUAAAUAAAGGUAAAAAUAACAAUUGAUUGGAGGAGAGAUAGGGACUCUAUACUGCCACUUGGAGGAUGAUUAGUGAAGUGUGCAGAGCAUUUAAAUCUCCAUAUUUCAAGGUGAACAUGUAUCCCCCUGCUGGCCAGUCAACCUAUUACAGAAAGCCUUUGGUUUGUGGAGCACAAGUUUAAGGUCUCGAUUCAAUCAGAUCGUUGGAGUCAUCAAAUCGGUGACAAGCUGCUCUUGCGAUCAUUAACCCUUCCUUAACGUUAUUGAGUGAAUUAAGAAGGAAUGGCGAUGUAAUUUGUAGCAAAAUGUGGUUUUCCAUUAAAAUAAUAAUUACUGUGUUCUAAACACGACGUAAUAAAGGAACUUGUGUUGCAAGAUAAAUAAGAUAAGUCAGACGGGAGAGUUUGAGUGAUGAAGUUGGACAGAGAAUCAACAUCUCUCCACAAGAAACACUUGGAUGAACUGUAAAAACACAUAUAUUCUGUCUUAUUCUCUGCCAGAUGGCAUACAAACUGUUAUAUGUGGAUAAUAGCUGUAUGAUCUGGGUUUAUGAUUGUAAUUAAACUUUGCCAUGGUUUGCUUAGCUAGAUGCAGGUAGCCUAUAACUCCUGAUAGGCCUGUUAGAUAGGCUACAGUAGGCUAGGCAAGAUGUAAAAUGAACAAUUUACUACAGUAGCUUGCUUAGUUCAAAUUGACAGACUCAUUUAUUGAAUCUGAAUAGCGAGGAGAUUUCUGUAAAAAGUGUUUGUGUUGCCCAAUAGCCUGGAUUUGACAGCUCUAACACAGUUUUACCUUAGAACACCUCAAAAUAAUCGCUAUGCGGAUCUGAUUGAAUCCAGCCCUUUGAUAGGCUGAUUAGGAAUUUGUUCCAGGAAAUAAUCUGCUACCUGGUAAGGUUUGCAAAGGGCUAAUGUGUGCCAGGUUAUCUGAUGGGACAGCUACAAGUUAGCAUUCUGUCACAUGACACUACAUCAACCAUUUUAAUUGGCUGAUGCUUAAACUUAACCUUGAACUUAAACUUUUUCUAAUGUUUGCCAGUAUGGGCCCAUGGUGUUUGUUAUGCAACGUUUUGGAUCCUUCAGAUAGAAAUAGCCUUUGUAGACCAAAUAUGUCUUUGACGUGUAGAAUAAGGAAUAACAUCAACUCUGUUCAUGGCAUUUCUAUCUGCAACUGAACGGGCCCUGCAGUAACUACAAACUGUAGAGUUAACUAACCUCUGGUUGUGGCCCUGCAGUAACUACAAACUGUAGAGUUAACUAACCUCUGGUUGUGGCCCUGCAGUAACUACAAACUGUAGAGUUAACUAACCUCUGGUUGUGGCCCUGCAGUAACUACAAACUGUAGAGUUAACUAACCUCUGGUUGUGGCCCUGCAGUAACUACAAACUGUAGAGUUAACUAACCUCUGGUUGUGGCCCUGCAGUAACUACAAACUGUAGAGUUAACUAACCUCUGGUUGUGGCCCUGCAGUAACUACAAACUGUAGAGUUAACUAACCUCUGGUUGUGGCCCUGCAGUAACUACAAACUGUAGAGUUAACUAACCUCUGGUUGUGGCCCUGCAGUAACUACAAACUGUAGAGUUAACUAACCUCUGGCUGUGGCCCUGCAGUAACUACAAACUGUAGAGUUAACUAACCUCUGGUUGUGGCCCUGCAGUAACUAC